AUUGUUAAGUCUCCCGGGGCAUUAAGAGUGUCAGCUACUUAUACUUUGUUUUAUUGUUAUUUGCAUUGUUCCUUUGAAAACACACAACAUUACACAUAAGUAUAUAACUUGAUUAACACAAACUGGUAGAAGAAAAUGACAUUUACUCAUGCACAUUUACUAAUAUGGGAAAACAUGCAAACUUCUAUUUAAUAUUAGAGAGGUAUGCAAUGAGUAAAGGCAUGUUCAGUGAACAGGAAAAUAAUUGAGUGAAAUACAUAAUAGAAAGGUGUGUUAUAUUCUAAGAAGGAUUUAUGUUAACAUGUAAACUGAUGAUGAGGAUGAUAUUAAAAGAGUUGAUGGUAUUCACGUAAUGUACAAUGUGUUCAGUGAAAAAACAGUUUCUUGUUAGUAUUCACUACAUAUUCUGAAGGAAUGAGAGGAUAUCAUUGAUUUUACAUACAAGAGUCUAGUGUGCUGAAAAAACUUAAAAAGGAAACUAAGUUCACUUAUUUCAAUCAAUAUGAGGAGAAGGUUUGUAAUAGUGAAAUCACUUUCAUUUCCUCGGAUAUACAUCUUGUCGCUGACUUUGCUCCUUCUUGUGUUCUUAUUUCUUGAUUGGCGGAACACUCUUGUCUAUGUCACCAUACCUGGAGACUAUGUGAGACACCUACAGCCUGAUGGUGUCUCAAACAUAAAUAAUGGAUACAAUUUCAACAAGGUUGCAACCACAAAGAAAAUUACUUUAGGAUUCACUGAUGAUGUGCGAAUCAAGGAUGAAAAGGUGACUGUGAAUUCAACAGAAACUAAAAGACUCACAAGUCAAGUUAAAGUCACACAAAACCAAGGGAAAGACACAGAUAGUCAAACUAGAGACACACAUACUGAAACUAAAGAUGAUAGUGACCAACAUGUUUCAAUUACAAAAAAGGAAGACAAAAUUUUUGAUAUUAAAAAUGUCAGUGCAACACUGAACUUGACUGAAACAAACCAGGAGAGAAAGGUUCCUUCUAAAGCCCAAACAAAGGAGGUGGACAAAGUCCACAAGGAGUUAACAUUAGUUGCAAAGGAGAUCAGUGACACACAAGGCUUGGUUGCAAUCACAAUGGUGAACCAUGCCUAUAUCAAUAUGACUAUGAGCUGGUUGUGUAACACAGUCAACAUGAAUGUACAUAGUCAUAUCAUCAUUAUGACUACUGAUGAACAAACACAAGUUGAGCUAAGUGCAAAGUGGCCAAAUGUUAAGAUCAUAUUCCUCUAUUUGCCUAAUGUUGAGAAUGACUUGAGAUAUGGGAGAGUAAACUACCUUAAGUACAUGCAGCAGAGAACAAACAUUCUAAUGACUUUGUUGGAGAAUGAUAUCAAAUUUUUAUUAUUUGAAGUAGAUGCAGUUUGGUUGAGAAAUCCUAUACCAAUGUUAGAGAAAAUCACGGAAGCAGGUCAAUAUGAUCUGAUUGGAGGACGCAUGAAUAAAACUGACCAAUACAAUGGAGGGUUUCUGGUUGUAAACCCGACCAACACCAUGAAACAAAUAUGGCAUGACGUGAAAACUCAAAUGGAUCAAUUAAUACGUAUGAUCGGUGUCAACUCAGAUGAUACUAAAAUCAACUUUUACGAUAAUGACCAAACAUACCUUAAGCUAUCAAUACAAAAAUAUCGCAAACAGUUCAAAGGUUUCUUACUGGACAGUGACAUGGUAGCCGAUGGAAAGUGGUACCUUCAGAAUACACUGGAGAGGUUGGAAUCAAAGACACCUCUAGUGGUUAACAACAACUGGGUUGUAGGAAAGGAUGAGAAAGUUGCCAGAGCUAAGAAGUACAAACAUUGGUUCAUAGAUGAUGCCUUAGAGUGUGACUGGCAGAAUGUUUUUAGUUUGGAGCAUACAGCUUAAAGUGAUUUGUUAACAAUUGAAUAAAAUGAGGUGCCAAAGGGUUCAUUGCAUUUAUUGAUGUACAUGUAGUAUGGCUCAUUUAAAACAGAUCGCAUCUCCAAACCUCACAUAGUUUCAUUAAUUCUUCACUUUACCAUCAGAUUUUACUAUGCUUCAAAUCUGAUCUUCCCUAUAUGUUUAAAAUUUAUGCACAUUUGUGAAAAUAAAUGAUUUAAGCCAGCUAACACCAGUCUACAGCAAAAGUUUGUUCAUUCCAUGGUAAUAAACCUUCAGUUUCAGGAAUGCUAAAAAUCUGAAUCCAAAAUAUUCCAGAACUUUAUUAGCAUUUAUCAUGGUGAAAUAUUUGGAAUCAAUUUAUUUAUCAACCAUUUUGGUCUAACUCCAAUCUAUUAUAUCCUGAGUGAGAUAAGACCAACAAGAAUAUCACUAGGGGUGGGUGGGACAGCCCUUCAGCAGGCAACAGCGGGUAAUGACUUCACGGGCUGUGUAUUAGCAGUGAAUGUAUAAUCAUAUAAUAGAUCUUAGAUAGGUUGUGAACAUUGCCUAUAGUAAAAUACAAUACUGCGACCUCUGUUUUCAGCUAAUUGAUUAUUCAUGGUCAAUUAAUAACAUGGUACAUUACAGCCUGACCUACCCAUUACAUGGCCUGAACCAAUUUGGACUGGCCGAGGAAAGUCGACCCGACGACUGCCCCCCCCCCUCCAUCGAUAUCAUACACAAGAUACAAGGUCUACUUACUUCCUGACAGAUAGGCAUAAUAUGCUUUAGACCAGCGAGAUUCUUCCCUCAACCUGAAAAGUGAGAUACAGUAUCAAAAUAUGAGGAUCUUCAAGAUACAUUUGUGAUCUAAAAGUGACAUAAAGACUUGUAACAUAUCAUAUUUGUGCAUGCUGCAAUAAUAAAUGAUAAGAUUGAUUACAUACUGUCCUGUGUUCUAACUUCACCUGUGGUUCUAACUUCACAUUCUGUUUUUUUGGCAUAUGGAUGAGUCUAAGAAUGUAACAACUUUUUUAUCAAAAUAGCAAUAGCUCUCAUAGGGAUACACUAAGGAACUUUGAAUUUCUUGCAAAAAUAUUCAAUAGGGAAGUGCUGCCACCUACCUUUAUACAGACUUUUUUUACACUAUCUUUAACAAUGUGCAUCACAUCAUUAUAUCUUUUAUUAAGUUGUUCUAGCUAACAGUGCUUUAUUUAUAAAAUAUCAUAUACUUUACCUCAGAAAACACUUCAAGCCCUCCUGCCAUUUGAGCCUCAUGACACUUCCCCAACCUAUCUCAUACAGACAUAUUAUUUGGAUUUCUCGCUGCUUCUCAGCUUUCUGUAGUGCCUCCUCAUAGGUUACCAUGGCAGCAUUCAACUCACACUGAAACAAUUUAGAAUUUUAUAACUAGGCUGUAUUGAGGAAACAUAUAAGAGGUGUGUUGCUAUCUAUAUAAUAGGUUUAUGACAUUUAUCCUUAGGUGGGCACUAAAAAAAAUUGUACAAAAUUUUAUAUUUUUAUCUCCCACACAACAUUUCCUUUUUUAUUUUUGUUAUUCAACUAUUACAUAAAAAGUGAUUUUUAUGAUUUCAGUACAGGUUCUUCAAGUUUUCAAAUUCUAACAGAAAACCAACAAAAAGCAAAUUGUGAAUACAGUAAAACCUGUGUAUAUUGAACAUUUUUUGCCAAUAAAAACUGUGCUGGUAGAUGUUCACUACAGUGCAAUUCAUACAGAAGCCAGUAGAGUAUUUGCGGAGGAAGGGUGUCCCCAAGAGAUAGGUGUUCACUAAGACAGGUUUUAUUGUACUUUACAUAUGCAAUACCUUUAAUCGUUGUAACCUCCCCUUGUAGAAGAGAAACAGUGCAGAAUCAGGAUAUUCCUUCUCGACCUCCUCAAGAAUAAUCUCAGCCUCUGGUAUACCUGAAUAAUAAUUCAAUACUUUCUUUAAGUUCAUUUCUGUUAAAAUAUUAAAAGUAAUAAUAAAAAGUUACUUAAUAUUUAAAAAAUCAUUCAGGGGUUGAUUUGAAUAAAGGUUGAAAGGUUGAGAUGACCUGGGGUGAGUUGACAUGAAGUUGAGAUAAUCUAGGGGUAGCCACUUACCAAUGAAAUAUUGAUUCACUGGUGAGCAGUAUUAAUGGAGUUGUAAAAUAAAGUAAAGAUUUAUCAUGAUUAAAGAUUUUACAAUAAAUUGUAGACUACAAAUUGGG